GCCUAAAUGUCUGAGGUGAGGGUCACUCCCGUGGCUGUCCCGGGCCCAGAGAUUGGGGGACCCGUACUCAUCUCGCUCUUAGGUAUUUUUAGGCCUUCAUCGAGAGAAGUCUGUGUAUAAAGGGAAGAGCUGCGGAACUAGAAAGCUAAAGACUGAAGCAGUAGACACAUCUUGAAGUGCUCAUACUAGGCAAGUGAUUUACAAGACCUUUUGGGCCAGUACACUGCUAACAACAUUAAUCAAGUCUUUCGAUGGACCACAUGCAACAUUAACCUUUUGGAGGUCUUGUUUACUCUAGCAGCUAAAGUGAAUCAGAAUGCCUCUCAAUGACGACCAGAACAGUGAUUCAGAUUCUUCACGCCUCUCUGAAAGCACAGCUUCUUCUAGCGACUCUGAAUAUUCAAGACAGAGCUUUAACAGUGAUUCUUCAAGCAAACCCAGUUCCCCAGCGUCAAGCCCUCCCAAGAUUAUUACAUUUGAUGAACUGAUGGCAGCUGCAAGAAAUUUGACAGACUUGACUCUAGCUCAUGAAAUUGCUGUAAAUGCAAAUUUUUGCAUAAAACAGGAAGACUUCCCGCAGAACAGCUUUGCAGGCACAGUGAAACAAAUUGUACACAAGGCAUUUUGGGAUCAUUUGGAAUCAGAACUGAAUGAAGAUCCUCCAGAAUAUGAACAUGCUAUCAAGCUCUUUGAGGAAAUUAAGGAGAUUCUUCUUUCCUUCCUGACUCCUGGAGCAAACAGGAUUCAAAAUCAAAUUUGUGAAGUUCUCGAUACAGAUCUUAUAAGACAGCAGGCAGAACAUAAUGCUGUUGAUAUUCAUGGGCUAGCUAACUAUAUCAUCAACACUAUGGGAAAGUUAUGUGCUCCAGUAAGAGACAACGAUAUAAAACAGUUAAAAGCAACUGACAAUAUCGUAGAAUUACUGAGACAAAUAUUCCGUGUUUUGGACCUGAUGAAAGUGGAUAUGGCUAAUUACACAAUUCAAAACCUUAGGCCAUACCUUCAGCGUAAUUUGGUGGACUACGAAAGAACAAAAUUCCAGGAAAUCCUUGAAGAAACACCAAGUGCCCUGGAUCUCACAACAGAAUGGAUAAAGGAAUCAAUAGAAGAUGAAUUGUCAUCUGUUUCUGAUGAAUCUUCAUCAUCCCCUGGUGCUGAUAGUAGUUCUAAACCAAUUAUUAGUCCUACACUGGUGCUAAACAACGGCUACUUGAAACUGUUACAAUGGGACUAUCACAAAACAAUUCCAGAGACUCUAAUAACAGAUGAAGUUCGUCUUCAGGAGUUGAGAGAAAAGCUCAAUCAAUUAAAAAUCAUAGCUUGUGUUUGUCUCAUAACGAACAAUAUGGUGGGUGCAGCAAUUGUAGAUGUGCCUGAUUUUGCUGACCAACUGAAAAGGAUCUGUGUUCCUCUUCUUGAAGGCAUGAACAAGAAAACUUUUGAUUUGAAGGAGGCUCUGAAUGCUAUUGGUGUCCAGAUUUGCAGCAAAGUGAACAGGUCUCUAACUGAAAGAGGUCUUCCCACUCUUAAUGAAGAAAUGCAGAGUAAUUUAAUGGGUCAAAUCGCUCAUAUUGUUGAGGAGAAUAAUCCCAUCAGUUCCUUGAUUGACAAACGAAUCCAGUUAUUCAUGAGAAGCUUGCUUGCUCUUCCGAGUUUUCAGAAGUGUAGGCCUACUAUGCCAGGAGGCCUUUCUGUGAUUCAGACGGAGAUGGAGUUCGUUGGAUCUCAGUAUGCAAGCAUUGUAAACUUUAAUAAACAAGUGUAUGGACCAUUCUAUGCAAACAUACUUAGAAAACUACUUUUUCCUGAGGCACCAAUGGGGAAAGUAGAAACAGAAACACCUACCAAUUAAAAAAAAAUGACCUAUUUCUGUACCCCUUUUUUUACCUUCCAAGACAGUGAUCUGACUUCCCCACUGAGAACAGCCCACUCCAGUGACUCUUAAUGAGAGAUCUUGUAAACUGUAUGUGGAUAGUUUCUGCAAUUCACUGGAAAGAAAUUGAUUUCAAGGACAUAAAUAUUUUAAUAGACUAAAUUUGUUUAAUGGAUUGUGUCACUUGUAAUAGCCAGUGAAUUAUUUUUAAGGCAAGCAUUUAUUAUGAUUUGCAGUGGGAAAGAGCUGGCAAAGUACUUAAUGUUUUGCCACCAUUAAAACAUAAUGUUAUUUUUCAACUUAAAUAUAUUUACAUAUAGCAAUGCAAUUAUGAAAUGACAAAACAAUUGUAGAUAAAAUGUACUAUGCUUACAUUGUAUUUUUGUAGAGCAACAUCUAAUAAUUAUGUUUCUGAAAAGAAUUUGAAGCAAAAAAAGUAUAGCAUAACUGCUUUUGUAACCAAAACCAGGUUCAAACUAGGCCAAGUUCUGGUACUCCUGCAGUUACUGGAACCAGAACUUAGCCUCUGUUACAUUAAGGAAUGCCAGUAUUAUAUGCUGUUUGGAGUAUAGCAGUUACCGAAGAAGCAUUCACCACUUAAAGUAGGAAUCUUUCAGAACUCAACUGCAAUUGAGAUUGAUGAUAAACACCUAAGAAACAUGAUGUUGGUGGAGGGGUGGAGUAAAUUUCUGUAUAUAAUGUUUAUAAGCAUUUUGUUUAUCCAGUGGAGGUCAUACAGAUCUUAAAUCUAAUCUCUAAUAUGUAUAUGUACUGAUCUUUGAUCUUAAUGGGUAUUAAGUAUUUUUAAGUUGGGUCUUUCUGACCUUUAUUCCCAAAAGCACUUGAGAGUGACCUUACAGAGUACCACAGAGCAACUUCCCCUUUUAUAUUCUGUUGGAUGAGGGCAUAAGCUUUUCAAAACAUAUUCUUGGGUCUGAAAGCAAGAACCCAAAUGAUUAGUCAUUCUUGAAAAUGUGAUUAGAUUCACUGAGUCUGCGAGAAAUACUGCAGUUUUCUUCAAAUUCCUUUGGAAUGGGCCCCAAUACUUAGUUCCCAUUUAAGGCAACAGGAAUCUUGCAUACAGAAAAUGAAUAGGCUUGAAAUUGAGAAGUAUGGAAGUAAACUUCUGUAAGUUUACACAGGCUUUAUUCUGCAUAUUUCAGAUUACUGGGAAUAGAUACUGCUGGAAUAUGUAUUAUAGAUGUGUUCUUGUCUAGGAAAUUGAAUCAUAAUUUACUUGAAAAUUAUCUUUUAAUAUAUUACCAUAUAAUAGUCCUUUUAAAAUUUCAUAUAUAUAUAUAAAAACUCCAUGUGGUACAAGUUAUAUAGCUUGUUUUUAAUAUUUUAUAUUACAAUCUAUUUUUUAUGAAGAGACAAAAAAUUGCCCGUAAAAGCUUAAUGUGUCACACAAAUUGUGUACGUACAUUACUGUGUCUAUCAUAAAGGUCUAAAAAAACUGGGCAUUAUUAGCACUGUGGUUUUGUAGUCCAUUUUUAUGGAAUUGUGUACUCUUUUUAGUGAGGGAAAUGACUUCUAGUCAGUUGUUCCUCAGUGUCCAAGGACUUUGGUCACAUGUACAUGAUAAGAAAAACUUUCUUCAAAAUGCCUUUUUAGAAAAGAAAUUUCUCUAGUGCAUUUCUGCUCUAUCCCUUGUAAAAACAUUAAAAUGUGUGUUCACCUUUAUGUUGUGCAAAGGGAACUGUUUCCUGAAGCCUGAAAAACCUGAGAGAAAGGAACUCUUAGAAUAUAGUAAUUGUGCUACUAGGUAAAACAGGCUUGCUCAGAUGAAUAUGAAAUUUUGAUAUGCAAUUCAAAAUCAUCAAGAGAAGAAUGCAUUUCAAAAGCAAUUACAGGGAAUUAAAUCUUAGUGAUUUGGUACAUCUUUAGAAAUACCCAAACUAUUUUGAGCUUCAGCCAAAAGAGGAUUUUAUGAACAUUUGAAGAUGAUUUAUAACAUGAUUAUGAACUUUUUAUCAUAAUACUUUAUAUGCAUUCUAUUGUAAAAAUAAAUAUCAAACUAUAGCUCUUUAAUGUACUGGGGAAACUGUCAUACUAGUUUUUACCAGUAAAAUACUCGAAUGAGGAUUCAUUGGGGUUUUUUAGUGAUUAAGGUGACUUGCAAAGGGCAUUUUAUAGCAUGGCCUAUGUUUCAAGUGAUUGUUUAAUGGAUCUUAAUUUUUAUUUAAUGUUUCAAACAUGGACAUUGCAUCUGUUUAAUGUCAUGUGUUGCAUGCUGUUUACGCUACUGUGGCUGAAACGCACUUGCCUCUACUCUGAAGUUGUCCUUGUGAAACAAGAUGCCAUUCUGUAGCAGCUUUCUUCGUUGAAAUACAAAUAUUUGAGGUUUUGUAUGCAUUAAAUUUUGUUUGUGAUACCACUGGUGGUGAAAAGUCAUUUAUGCCAACUUUCUUAAAUGUAAUGGAUUGUUAAAUGCUGAAGAUAAAUGACUGCACUAAUGAUG